AAAACGCUGCGCAGUGAAAAUCAGCAGUGAAUACAGUAACGAGAAAGGCCAUUUUCUGAAGGAACACGCACAUCAAUUUGAAAUUCAGUUCACCAAAUCAAGGAUUUGUAAUUAUUCAACACAAUGCUGCCACACAGUACGAAGAUAUCGCUUUUAAUGUUGGGGGUGUGUGCAGUUUUUUUCUGUGACGGGCCUUUUGGCGGAGUGCGGACGACUAGUGCAUUUGUUCCUGGCGCCGGGCGUUGUAUACCAGGUAGCUUGUUCAACAAGUAUUGCCAUGGGUUGUCGUCAAAAAUGACAGUUUCACAAAUGGAAAAGCAGUCAACGGAUGCUUCGAAGGGCAUGAGUAGGGUAACUCGUCUUAACCGCUGUAUCCCUGGGGCGGAGAUGAGCUGGUGGUGUCGAUAUGGUCGAAGCGAAGGCGAUGUAGCGGAAAAGAAGGUCUCGGAAAAGAAAGAAAGCGCCUACGGUCUGGAUACAUCUCUUGACUGCACUGGCCCCGGUGCAGAAGACAAUCCUAUGUGCCGAGAAAGACAAAGGCGGGUGCAGUUUGUGAAUCGCGGAAGACAGUCGUUCGGAAAUCGGUGUAUCCCAGGCGAGGAGUUCAACUACUUUUGUCGAGGAAGAAAAUCACAGGGCAAUGCACAGGUUCAACCAAAAGAUUUCGACGAUAGCAACGGCAGUCUUAACAAAUGGCAAAAUGAUGAUUCGAUUUUUGAAGACAAAAUAAGGGAGCUCCUGGGACAGGAACGUGAUGGAGAACUCGAGAAAUAGUUUACACAGAUAAAUGAUAACAAACACGUUUUUAGUGACCGAUGCCAGCAGACUUUCAUCCAAUGACACUACAAGUUAGAGCGGACAGAGAAAAACGUACAACGUCGACGCCCGUACCAGACAUUACACGUUUUGCUCGUCACUCUGCCACGUAUCACCGCCAAUGCGAGAAAACACACACACACACACACACACACAGAGUCAGCUAGCAUGUGAAUUGCUGUGCACUAAAGCAAGGGGAGAGAUAUAUGUAGGUUACAGCGUGGAACCGUACUGAAGCGGCGCGUUCGUUUGGAAGAAAGGAAAUACGACCUAAUUAUUCAAACGAGAUUUCGCGACGCUGUCGACCGUUUAACGAAAAAAAAGCCUGGAGAAUAUCCACGAAACAGAUUUUGA